AUGCGCCGACUGUUCUCAUCGCCCCUGUUUCUGGUUCUCGCGCUCUGGCUGGCCGGCCUUGGCUGCGCGGCCCAGUUCGCCAAGAUGGCCGUGAUCCUGCCCGCGCUUCAGGACCAUUAUGGCGAGACCGGCGUGGCCUCGGGCUUUCUGGUCUCGCUGAUCGCGCUGAUGGGAAUCGUGCUGGGGCUCGUCGCCGGUGUCCUUGCCAUCCGCAUCGGGCUGCGGCGGCUGCUCCUGACCGGGAUCGUGCUCGGCGCUGUCGUUUCCUUCAUCCAGGCCACUAUGCCGCCCUUUUCAUGGAUGCUGGCGAUCCGGUUCGUGGAGGGCCUGUCGCACCUCGCCAUCGUCGUCGCCACGCCGACAUUGAUCGCGCAGAUCACGCCGGCCCGGCAUCAGGGCGCGGCACUGACGUUGUGGGGCACGUUCUUCGGUGUCGCAUUCGCAGCCGCCGCGCUCAUCGCGCCCGCCCUUGUGAGCGCCGGCGGUCCGGGUGCGGUUUUUUUGGCGCACGGCGUCUAUAUGGCCGUCUUCGCCGUGCUGCUGGCCCUCGUGCUGCCGCGCCCUGCCCCGCUCGCCGUGGCCGCGCCGCCGCUCGGCCCGCGCCAACUCAUUGCCCGUCACAUCGACAUCUACACAUCGCCGACGAUCGGCGCGCCGGCGAUCGGCUGGGUGUUCUACACACUGACCUUUGUGGCCCUGCUCGCCGUUCUGCCGCCAUUCAUCGAUGCUGAGCAGCGCGUCCUUGCGACGGCGCUGAUGCCGCUUGCCAGCAUCGUCUCCUCGAUGACGAUGGGCGUCUUCCUGCUGCGUUUCGUGCCGGCCACCACCGUGGUUCAGAUCGGCUUCGUGGCGGCGGCGGUCUUCGGCGCGCUUUUCGCUGUUGCCGGGCCGGCGGCAUGGCUGGCGGUGGCGCUGUUUGCCUGCCUGGGCCUCGUGCAGGGCGCCAGCUUCGCCGCUGUGCCGCAACUGAACGCCGGCACGGCCGACCGGGCGCUGGCCAAUGGCGGGCUGGCCCAGACCGGCAAUCUGGGCAACACGACCGGAACGCCGCUUCUGAUCGCCAUCAUCGCCGUCACCGGAUUUGCCGGCGUGCCCUGGUUCCUGCUUGGCUGCUAUCUGAUCGCCAUCGGCGCCAAUGCCGCAUUGGCACGGCGCCGGCGCCAGGCAGGUUCAGGGGCUGUUUCUUAA